AUGGAGCGGCCAGGGAGAGAGCGAGGCGCCCGUCUCGCUGCGAAGACGCUGCACCCUCCAGGUUCUUCUCCCCUGUCGAAGACCGACUCUUCCUCCAACCUGGACUUGUUUCCUGUCCUCACCUCUUCUCUCUCCGACGCGUCGCUGCCGGACAAACGGUCUCUGCUCUUCCUCCAUGCCCGCCCCAUGGACGGCGCCGGCGCUUCUUCGCCCUGCUUCUCGCGGCGACACUCCGUCGAGGGCGCCUCGCCAGCGUUCCAGGACUUGCAGAGCGCAUGCAGACAAGACAACAUCUCUGCGCUCCACGCCACCGCUGCGCACGGAGCAAAGCCGUCUGAGUCUCUCGCGGCGUCCGUUCAGAACCCCCCUGCAGGACGCUCUCCUUCGCACUCGCCCGGUGCUGGAGACAGAGAGGAAGAAAGGCCUCUCGCACCUCGUGGCGAGACGCUGUCGCGGGAGCAGGAGGAGCUGCUGCAGACGCACCAGCGGCUCAGAGAGGACGCUCUCCGCCGCCAGACGCAGCCGCGCGUCCAGGCUCUCGGUCAGGGCGACGCCCGCCAGGAAUCCGAGCCCAAGUUCCUCUACGUCCCCAGUACAGCGAAUCGCCUGGGGGUGCCUGUCUCCCGUGUGUCGGCCGCGGCGAACGGCGGUCCGUACACGCGCGGAGGCGAGGGGGCAGUGAGAGAACGAGGCGCGCGUCUCCAUCCGACUGCCGGCUCGGCGGCGCCUCCUGUGUUCUCCGGGCGCCGUGAAGGCCGCAGCAGGGGCAGGAAGAAGCGCCUGUGGGGUGGCCGGUGGGGCGAGGAGCUUCAGGCCUUCUACGAGAGCAGAGAAAGCGACAGCGACCGCGAAGAGACCGAGGAGACUCUUGGAGAGGAGGCGGGCUCUCGGUCUGACGCGGAGGCGAGGCCGACUCGCGCGAGUCCCUCGAUCGUCUCCUCGUUUUUCUCCGCCUUCUCGGAGAGACCUGCAACUGCGACAUCGCCAGAUGCCCGGAUGUACACACACCCGAGGGCCGGCGAGCAGUGGCCGCAGACGGUUUUUGCGGCGGACAGUCCCAACUCGAGAUGUCUCCAGCCGACUGUAGCCAGCCCACGGAUCCUCAGCGACGGCCAGGUGUAUAUCCCAGGCUCCGGCAGUUUCAAGGCCUCGCCAUUCGCGGGGCCUUCACCCGUUCCCGGCGCCCAAGCUGUCUCUGCCGCCUCGCCACUCGCCCUGUCGCCCUCGCGCCAGUACCUCCCGGCCAGGGACUCGCGGCGGGCCUCUGGCCCCGAGCGCGGGCGUUCGCCGGGAGUCUCGGGCGCGGGGCGCUUCGCCGCGACCGCGGGGCAGCCGAGGCGGCGGAGGCAGAAGAAAAAGGACAAAGCGAAGGGCGUCAAGCGGAGCUUCUCGGAGAGCGCGGGUGCGGCCGCCGCCAACGCUGGAGCAGCGGUCGUCGGCGCGAUUGGAGGAUUUAUGGAAGGCGUGGUGGACCGCAUCAUCGAGAGUCACUCAGAGGCGUCUCGAUCUUCCAGUCCACGGAUGCGGGGCGCCUCGGCGUUCAGCUCUCGCGCGCCGUCGGAGAGGGGAGGCGCGUGUUCGAGUGGCGACGAAUCUGAGUUCUCUCGGUCUCUCUCCGGUGGCCGCGAACUCGACCCGCACCUCGCGAGCCGUCUGCAAAAUCCUGGCGCCGCGACCGCCGCAGCAGCUCUCUCUGGAGAGCUCUCUCUCCUUUGGCCGAGCGCUGCAGGCGUUCCGGAGGGCGUUUCGCGCGUAGGUCCGUCGCUCGCGUUUGCGCCGUCUCCGUUCCCCCAGUCCACGGUGUCUCCCGUCUCCCCUUCGUCUCUGGCAGUCGGCGCCGAGCUCGCUUCCCGAGGGCGGCCCAUCCCGUUUGGGCCUCCCGCUGCAGGCGUCCCGCUGAGCGUGGAGGAGAAAGGUCGCGCUUUGGGGAACAUCACGGCCUCAGUCGUUCUCGAGCAACUCUCCUUCACAGCGCGCUCUCUCAUGCAUGUCGUCUCGGUCGCUCCCGGACUCGCGGCCUCCGUCGCCGGCGCCGCCGCGGAUGUGGUGAAUGCAGUCAAGCGAGGCAUCGAGGGCGGGGAAGCAGGGACGGAGGAGGCGCGGGGCCUGAAGGACGAACUCGCGCGGAGGCGAGAGGAGACGCGCGAAGAGAGAGACGCGGCGCAACCCGGCGACGGCGCCAGGUUUCUAGCGAGAGAGAGCGCCGCGCGGGGAACAGAGGGCGGAGCGUCGCGAGAGAGACUCGGGAAGAAGGCGUCGGGAGAGAGAAGAGCGGAUCUUUCGCCGAAAGCAGAGAGCUCGGGAGAUCAGAGAGGCCGCACAGCUUCUCCUGGGGAGACUUCCUUGCCCACGAAACAGCGAAAGACUGGUUCUCCGCCGGCUUCCGAGCUGCGGAGGGCUCCGGACGCCUCGACUCCGCCCGGUCAGAGUGCAGCAGACGAGACUCCCAGAUCGCCGAACACCGCGUCACGCAAAGUGACCCCAGACGACGGAGCCACUGCGAACACUGUCGCACCUCGAGAGACUGGCAAGGCGCUUUCGUCUGCAGCAUCUUCGCCGCUGUCGCCUCUCGCGGAUAAGGACGCAGAGCUCGCGGCUGCUUUCAGAGACUGGUUGUCAUUUGGGUCUUUAUGGGACCGUGUGGUUCUCGAAGAGUGCUGCGUGGAGGAAGCGCAGCGUUUGAAGAAGGUUUUCGACAGCUUCGCAGACGGCCCGAGGCUCUCGCGUUCCGGUUUCGCGAGGCUCCUCGCGGCGUACCCUUGUCUGCCAGAGGCACACCACGAUUUCUUCUUUCGCACUUUGGCGCGGCCGGCAGAGGACGGAAUUCUCUUGAAGGACUUCCGCGCCGGGUUCUACGUCGCUCAGCCUCAGUUGGUUGAGGAUCUUCAGAGAGCCAGUGGGAGACUCCGAAUCCAGUUUAUCUUCAAGGCCUACGACCUCGACGCCGACGGCUGGCUGGACGCGAGCGAACUGGAGGGCCUCCUGGGCCACUUGCAUAGCGCCGGUCUGCAUGCGGAAGACAAGAAAAUCAAGCACGACCCGCAGAAGCUCGAACAACUCGUCAAGAAAGAAACCGAGGUGCUUCUGCAGCGGUUCCCGCGCUUUGGAUACUCGGCCUUCCUCCAGUGUGUGACUGGCGGAGUUUUCAACGCAACUCAUCGUCUUCUGCGGUGUCACGUUUCCCUUCCCGAUCUGGUCAAAAAGGAAGAACGGCGACGCAGACGAGCGUUCAAGGCGCGCCCCAGCGAGCAGGCUCGAGGCUUCCUCGAGCCGCCUUCGCCACUGGAGGCGCGAGAUCCCACGACCGCGGUCGUAUCCGGAGCCGCCUCGGCCUUCGCGACCGCCGCGGCCCUCGCCCAGGACGACCCUAGUGCCCCGGCGCAGUGGCUGCCUGUCUUGCCCUCCCAGGCUGCCCUUGUCCCUGGAGCCCCAGCUGUCUCCCUGGGUGGAGCCCAACUAGCGAAGACCGAGUGGCUCGGCGCGUACACAGGAGAGGCGCCCUCGGAGAAGCUUCUGCGGCCAGUAACGACGCCGGAGAAGCAGGUGGCGAAGAGGGCCUCGUAUCCCCAGGUGUCUCCUCAGCAGAGACACGUGGCGGAGAAGAUUGUGGAGCAUGUGAAAAACUGUCUCCCUUUCACCUCGCGCUCCGACCUCGACGCGCGCCUCUCGGCGCUUCUCUCGGUGGACAGGCCUUGCGCUCCCGCGAGUGCGUGCUCGGGGCCUGCGCCUUCUUUCCUCAAAAUGCCCAUCGCUGAAGAAGACAUCGUCGCCCUCUGCGAGGCCAUGUGCAGCCUCGUCGCUGCCGAGGAGACAGUGGUUGAGUUGGACAUCCCACUGAAGAUCUUCGGAGACCUGCACGGCCACCUCGCCGACCUCAUCGAAUUCUUCGGCUCCUUUGGAUGGCCAGGCGAGCUGGACAAGCUCACACAACAAGUCGAGGACUUCCUUUUCCUAGGAGACUACGUCGACCGCGGUCCAUGCAGUCUGGAGGUUCUUCUUCUCCUUUUUUCCCUUAAAGUUUUGAGUCCCCACCGCGUCUUCCUUCUGCGCGGGAACCACGAAGAUCGACAGAUGAACCGAACUUACGGCUUUCUUGAGGAGCUUGAGCGGAAACUCGGAGGCGCGGCAAGCGCGUGCGUGUGGGAGAAGGCGAACGCGGUUUUCGAUCUUCUCCCUCUCGCGGCGCUCGUCCCCGCGGCCGCCGUCGUUUGUCUUCACGGCUGCCUCGGAGACUCGAUUGAAAAAGUUGAAGAUCUCCGAGCCAUCCGAAGGCCGCUGGAUGUCUGUGCCAUUCAAAUGGAAGGUCCGGAAACAGACCCCCUCGCGCCUGAACGCAAAGUCCUCGCCUGUCUGUGGAGCGACCCAGAGCGACCGCCCGAGAGAGCAGAAGACGUAGAUGGACCCUCGUCGCCACGCGGCUCACACGUCGUCAGGAGCUCGCAGGCCUUCAUCGAGGCGUUUCUGGAGAGAAAUCAGCUGGCCCUUCUCGUCCGCGCUCACGAGUGCGUCGCGCCCGGGUACUGCUACGAUCUGGGCGGCCGCUGCCUCACGCUGUUCUCUGCUUCGAAUUACUGUGGCACAGCCAACAACGACGGAGCUGCACUCCACAUCUACAGGGAAGAAGACUGCUAUCCUGAGCGAGGCCGUCGACGCCAGCACAUCACCCGCCAUAUUUUGUUGGUCGAAUCCCCAGAGCGGUGGAUCGCGGGCGUCUCCGGCCUUCCGCCUCAGGCUCGAUGCUCGCCCCAGGGUCUCCCCACACCGUUGGGGUCUCCUUCUGGGCUUCAGGCGGCCCUGCCUGUCCCCCUGAAGGCCGGGGAGGUGGCUGGCAGCUUCGCGGACCUCGCCAGACUUGCCUGCGAAGCGGCGCGUUCGCCUCUCGGUGCUUCCUCGUUUCCGUCCUCGGCGGAGGCAGCUGCUCUGCUUUCGUCGGCCUUGGCCUCUUCGUCUCCUCUUCUCCAGGGCGUGAGUCCCUCCGGCGCGCCUCUGUAUCUUCCGUCGCCGACAUACCUCAAACAGGCCCCGACGGGGCCUUUCGGCCCGGAGCCCGUGGGGGCGUUCCUCGCGUCGCCAGGUCCCCACAUUGACAUUCCCUCCGAGUUCCUUUCUCACUCUCCGCCGUGUUCGCCGCUCGCGUCUUCGGGAGCUCGUGCCGCGGCCGUCCUCUCCAGCGACUCUGUCCCCGCAGGCCUAGGCCGAGCCCCGUCGCCCGCUUCCCAGCCAAACAACGCGUCCUUCGCCUCGACGGCUCCCUCUCUCCACGGAGACUCUGGGGCCUGGGGGGGGUCUCCGUUGUCUCCGGCCACCCUGGGAGAAGGGUCUUCUCGAGAGAACGCUCGCACCAGCAUGGAGGCGCCAGUCCCCACACCUCGCGUCUUCGAUCCGCGCCCCCUGAUCCCUAUUCCUACUCUCUCUGAGGCCUUCUCGGAGGCAGGGCUGGACUCUGGCGGAGACAGGCGUCUGCCAACUCCGCGGCUGGGCGCGGACCCAGGACGCCCAGGCCAGCUCGUGGCGCGCCGCGAGUCGGAGGCGAGGCCAGCUGAGAGUCGCGAACAAGGGGGAGCGCUGUCUCAGCGGAAGAGAGACGCGAGAAGUCCGCCCAGCCUCCAGGAGUUACCGCCGCCGAGCCGCGAGGAGUGCUCGCCUCGGUCUCCUCACUGGCGGGCCGUCCACGGAGUCCUUGCUCCAACCAGCACACCAGCGGACAGUCGUCUCCCCGAGGAAGGUCACCACGGCUCUGACGAGAGCUCGACCGGACCCGGUAGCCCGCGGCGACUGCGGCGGCUGACGAGGUGCUUCGGCGUAGCGGACGGAGAUCUCCCAGCUGCCGCAUUGCCGGCAGAAUUGUCUCCGCAGUCUCGCCCCCCCGCCUUCUGUCCGCCCUGUUCGACCCUCGGCGAGGACGGGAUGCGCUGUCUCCGUUCGCGGAGCGAAGAGACCCGCGUGCUCGACCAACUGUCCCCGAAAGGAGACGGAUCGCUCCGGCGCGAGGCGGAGACAGCGAUGGCCUCUUCGACCUCGCGUGGGCGCUCUGGGCCAGCAGGCCGAAGAGGGCCGGAGAUCGGCGGGCGCCGGUCUCUCCCGGCGCAAGGUUCGACCUGGGGAGACGAAGACGACCCGGUGGCUGCUGCAUUUGCGGCUGCGUCGAGAGAAGAAGGGUGGCGGAAGAACGCGAGAAGAAGGAAGUCCUUCGCAGGUUAGGCGAUGUCGCGUGGAGAAGAAGAGACGAGGAGUGGGCGGGGUGAGCAGGAAGACGACAGAGAGGAUGGAAAGAGACAACGAAGACGAGGAGAAAGAGAGCAUCAGAGGACUACCGAAAAGACAGCAGCAGCCGCGCGUGAAGAAAGGCUGGAGUGGGAGAGAGAAGUCGUGCGCAAGCGGACGUCGCAGAGCAUGGAGGACUCGACUGUCGAACUCGAAGAGAUCUAGAGAGUCGGGACAACAGAGGGGGGAGGGGCGUUAAAGCUUGUCAACGCAGAACCUUUUCAAGAUGCGUCUUCGGCAUCCACACAGCCCGCGCUCGUUCGGAUUUAGGGCGUUUCUCGAAGAGCCGUUUUGUUUGUGUCGUGGCAUUUCACACAUAAGCUUGUCUCUUUUUCAAGAAAGCACCACUGAGUCUGCUCCUCUCCCUGUGUUGUUCCUCUGCAUGCUUUAUCGUGUUCUCUCUUGGCUUCGUGUCACAUUUUUGGAUCCGGGAGGUGUGUGGAGUCGCUUGACGCAUCCUCCCGCUUCGUAGAUUGCAGGACUGACACUAAGAAACGCAUGUCGCCGUC